UCGGUCGCUGUAGCGAAGAGAUAAAUUCCUGCAGCGAGCAAGUGUUUACAAAUAAUAUCAGUAAUGGAGUGUAGGUCUCUAUCUGAACUUGAGACACAUAACCUCGAGGCUUAUAACCUCUAAUAUUUUCUCGGUGUGCAUCGCAAAAAUUCACUGUGAAUACGUUAUACAAUGAAGCGAGCGAUUGAAAGUAGCGAGGACGCCGUUAGAGUGAAGGAAGAACCAAGCGAUACUUUGAAGAAUGCAGGUGACGAUUAUGCUUUAGAUUCAGUGGACUCUUGCAAAGUCGAAAACUUGGAAACAUGCCCGUUUUACAAAUCAUCGGAAAACUUGGAUAAAAAAAUAUUUAUAGAUUUUGAGUGCAGAUAUGUUAAACUCGAACAGAAGUCAUUAUCGACCACCAUCUGCAAAAUUGAGAAUCAAAAUUACCCACUUGUUGUGAAAGUGGAAAAUCAAAAUCAGACCAGAGACUUGAUUGAAAAAAAUCUCAUAAUUUUAAUAAAAAAAGGAUUCAACUACGAUCAUCAAUGUGCAUUUCAAGAAAAAUCCCGAUUAACGCUUGACGAGUCCGGAAGGGUGAAAAUAUUUGAUAAAAAAAAUAUAUUUGAAAGGGGAAAUGUGUGUCAAGAAACGUGUAAAGGAGAAACAAGUAUAAAAACACAUAUCCAUUCGACACAUAAGACCAUUAUACCAAUUAAAUGUGAGAUUUGUCACAAAUCAUUUAGCCGAAAAAAUACUCUCAAAAUUCACAUGAAUACAGUACAUGAUCUUAGCAAACCCUUCGUAUGUGAGACAUGUCAUAAAUCAUUUACUCAUAAAAGUCAUCUAAAUAGACAUAUAAGUUCAGUCCAUGAUCGCAGCAAACCCUUCGAAUGUGAUAUGUGUCACAAAUUAUUUGGACAAAAAUCUAUUCUGAACAGGCACAUAAAUGCAGUACAUUAUCGUAUUAAACCCUUCAAAUGUGACGAUUGCCACAAAUCAUUUGGCCGCAAGGAUUGCCUUAAAUCUCACUUAAAUACAGUACAUAAUUGUAGCAAACCUUUUGAGUGUGAAAUUUGUCACAAAUACUUUGGAUACCGAAGUAAACUUAAAAGGCAUGUAAGUGCAGUUCAUGAUCGUAGCAAACCCUUCGAAUGUGAAAUUUGUCACAAAUCAUUUGAACGAAUAGAUAACCUCAAUAAACACAUAAAUAUAGUACAUAAUUGUAUCAAACCUUUUGAGUGUGACAUUUGUCACAAAUCAUUCGGACACGCAGGUCAUCUCGAAAUUCACAUUGAUACAGUUCACAAUCAGAAUAAACCCUUCGAAUGUGAAAUUUGUCAUAAAUCAUUUGGACUAAAAAGUAAUCUGAAUAGACACAUACGUUUAGUCCAUGAUCGCAGCAAACCCUUCGAAUUUGAGAUUCGAAGAAUUUGAGACAUAUCACAAGUCAUUUAAUACCAAAAUGUAGUCAAAGGUCACAUUAUGACAGUACAUGAAAGCAGUCAUAAUAAACCUUAAAAGCGUGAUAUUUUUCCGGAAACUAUUGG